UCGGUGAGAUAUCCCUCUACUAAGAAAGUAAAGAUAGUUCUCGAAUUUCUUGUGUGCGGUGUAAAGUCGGUUUGCUUGAAAAUAUUAUUGUACUUUAAAACUAAAAAUUAUAAUAAAAAAAAAAAGAAUAAAUAAUUUUUUUUUGCUUUUGUGGAAAAAUACAUAAAUAUAUACAUGUAAAUGUAUAUAUUUAUUUUAUAAAUACAUAUAUACAGAUUAUAUACAAAAUAUAAUUUUCAAAAAUAAAAUAUUAUUUUUAUAUUUUUGCUAUAAGUUAUUUCAUGCAAGUGCUUUCUUAUAAUAUUCUAUAUGAAAAACAAAGAAAUAUUUUAAAAUUUUACUAAAUAUUAUUUUAUAAAAAAUCUAUAUAUAUAUAUAUAUAUACAUACAUAUAUAAAAAGUUAUAAUUUUCCAUUUAAAUGUGUAAAACAAGACAAAAAUAAAAAAAAAUAAAAAAAAAAGGAAAUUGCCAGAAUUUAGUUUUUUGUCCUCUUCAUCAUAAAUUAUUAUAAUUAUAUUUUAAUAUUUUAAUAUAAUUAUAACACACUUAUGAAUAAUUAUAAUUAAAUCGAUAAUUAUUUGUUAAUAAAUAAAAAUAGUUAAAUUUUAAAUAAUUUUCGGAUAUAAUUUUUAUAAAAAAAAAAGUUAUUUUUCUCUUAAGAACCAAAAAAAAAAAAUAAAAUUUAAAAUUGAAUAUCGAAAAUUAAAUAAUUUUAUUAAUAUAAAAGAAAAAAUAAAAUGAAACCGUCUGUGAUAUCGAAUGGUAACGGAAGCGGAAACCCGCAAACACAACAACAACAUCCUUCUGCAGCUGGUAUUAAUGCUGGUGUAAAUUCUGGUACUAAUACAAUACCUCAUCAACAGCAGGAUACAAGUGGAUAUCCCCAUAAUGUUAGGGGACAAUUUCCAUCAGGCUUUUCACAGGGAUUCGGAUUUGAUCCAGACAUGGAUGAUAUAUUCUCAGAUACUAGGAUGCGAUCUCGUUUACCGAGGAUGAGGGACCCAUUUGGAACAUUUGGAACACGUAAGCGUUGUGAUGUUAAUUCAAACCUCGAUCCUUAUAGUGAUAUUUUUGAAGAUGGUGCUGAUGAUUUCUUUUCUGGAUUUGGAAGAAGACGGAAUCCGCAUGAUUUUUUUGAUUUCCCAGAGGAAUUUCGUCAAUAUAUACCAGAUGGUUUUGGUAUACCACGUAGCGGUUCUGGCGGUAUAUCAAGAGCACAUCAGGUUCAUCCAACUUAUCAACAGCAACCACAAUCAAAUGAUCAUCCAAUUAAUACAGCACAAUAUGCACCACCAUCACCUCAGUAUGAUAAUGUACCCCAAUCACCGAAACCAAAUUUAUGUGAUGCAUCUAUUCAAACUGAUGAAGAUCUACCAGAUGGACCUAAUGCUGAUAAUCAGCAACAAAUAAAGUCUAGCAGUGGUCCAAAAUUAAAUAAAAAAUUUAGUCAAGAGAAUGAAGAAAACCGUGGACCACGAUCACAAUCAGCACCUCCUCAUCAAAAUGAAGAAAUUGCACAACAACAACAACAACAACAACAGCAACCAGGUGAGGAACCUGUAUAUGUAACGUCAGCAAGCUUUUCUUCAUCCGCACCACAAUCGCAAGGGAAGUUUCCUAAAACUAAAUCUCAAGGUAGUGGUGGUAUACCGCCACAACCACCACAGCGGCAACAGCAACAGCCAUUUUACUUACAUAAUCAAGGCCAAACUCGUCAGUGGCCUCCACCACCUCAACCACCAUCUCCUCAACAAACAUAUCCACCUGAACCUCAAACUCCAGGUGGAACUGUAAUAAGAACGAUUCCAAUAUUUGUUGAAGGGCGUAAAGAUCCUAUAAUUAAUGAACAUAAGGAAAUACCUGGACAAACUACUCCAGUUCAACAACAACAGCAGCCACCCCAGUUUCCCCAACCUCAAUAUCAACAAACACAAAAUCAAGCUCCGCAAUAUGCUAAACCCCCGGCAUAUCAAAAACACGCUUAUGCAACUCCACCAAAGUCAGGAGCAGCACAGCCACAACAACAACCAUUUCAACAGUCUCCACCUCAACAAAAUGCUCAACCACAAAAACAAUUUCAAUCACAGAAUAAAGCACAUCCAACAGUUGACACACACCAACCCAUGCCUGAAGGAUCUGAUGUACCACCCCAAACCCCUCAAACAAUGGAUUGUAUUAAUAAAAUACAAAAUAUUCAACGGGAUGUACUGCAUCUCAUGGAACAAGUUGAAGCAUUCGGUGGUCUUAAAAGUGAUAAAGAAUAUAUGUAUUUAGAUGAAAUGUUAACUAGAAAUCUUUUAAAAUUGGAUACAAUUGAUACAAAUGGAAAAGAAAGCAUACGUUUAGCUCGUAAGGAAGCAAUUAAAUGCAUUCAAGCUUCAAUUAAUGUUCUGGAAGCUAAAGCUGAUGAAAAUGCUCGAAGAACUGGUAAAUUUGAAGUACGUCAUAAUAGUAUUGAAGAAGAUCCUGCCGCUGAAGAAAAGGAACAAAAUGUCGAUAAAGAAGAAAAUCUGAAUGUGCUCAAUGAUCAAACAGUGAUUCCAUUACCACCACCACCAGAUCAUAAGGAAGACAAAUCAAUAACAGAUGUUGAACUUAAAAAAUCGAAUUCAUCAAUAAGUAAAUCAGCCUCAGUAACUAAAUCUCCAUCAAUAAGUAAGUCUGGUUCCCAAGCUAGUGCCGAUAAACAAAUAAUAAAUGAAAAUGAAAAAAUACAAGAACAAUCAAAUGAAGUAGUUGAGACACAAAAUUCAACAGAAAAGGUGCCAUCAAAAAGUAAGAUACCCGCAAGAAAGAGCAGUAGCCCGACCAAAGAAACUACUGAUGAAACAAAUAGAGAAAAAUCUCGUAGCCAAUCCAAAAGUCCAUCAAAAAGUCCCACAAAGUUAGCUGCAAAAGAAGGUGCUAAAAAGAAAAUUAUUAAGAAAAUUAAGAAAUUGACUAAAAAAGACUCCAAAGAAGGUGAUGAAGAUGACAAUGAAAAAUCAAAAAAUACUAAUGACAAAAUUGAUGUUUCUGCAAAUAGUAAUGAAGAAACUGUGAAAACAACCGUAACAACAGAAGAACAGCCCCCAGCCACAGAAACUUCAGAGAAAAAAGAAUGAACGUGAUUUAAAGGUGUUGAUGUUAUUUCAAAAAAAAAAAAAAGUUAAUAUUUUUAAAAUAAUUUUAGUAUUUAAAAUUUUUUAAGAUUAAUUAUUUUUUUGCAUAAAUAUAAUUUAAUUUAUUAAAAAUAAAAUGUACACAAAUAAAAAUAAAUUAUUAUUAUUCUUAACAUUUCAUUCUAUAACUGUUAUGUUAGAUGUUAAAGAAACAGGAUUAAAUUAAAAUUUAAUAAUAAAAAUAUACAUUUAGAAAAAAACAAUAAAUAAAAUACAUAACAUUGACUCAUAUACAUAAAUAUUAAUAUCAAUUGUAAAUAAUCGUGAAGAAAAUUUUUAAUACGAUUAUAGCGGUAUUUUGUUUAAAAAUUUGUCUAGUCUCUAUUUUAAUUAUUGAACAUUAUGUUAGAAAUAUUAAUGAUUAAAUUGAAAACAAGUUGGUUAAAAAUUGUGGUUAAUUUCUAUUAAUUCAAAAUAUGUAGUUUGUAUAAGCUAGAUUAUCUUUGCAGAAUUAAGAUUUGCAGAACAAUAUUACAUUUUGAAAUGUAAUUCCACAUAAACCAUAUAGAACUUCUCCCAAUUUUUAAUUUCUAUUAUAUAUCAGAAAAAUAUUCUCAUUUCCUUGAGGAUUAGAAAAUACUUUCACAGAGUUGAUUACAUAUUCUUCCAUGAUUAUGCCUAGAUACACAGAAGUUGUCAAUGGCUGCUUAAUAAGCAUUUAAAAUCCUCAAAGAUAAAAAGCAUCGAAUCGAAGAUAUUCUAAUUAAAAUAUAAAGUUUUAAAAUACAACUAUGAACUGAAGUAAGUAUUGUAUUAUGCAUGCAUAUUUGUCAUUUUGCUAAUGAAAAGAAUUAGAUGAAAUAUAACAAGAGCUCAAUGUUGCAUAUUAUAUAAAAUAAAAUUAAUAUUAUGAUGUGAGCUUUACUCGAAAAUAACUUCAAUGACGAUAUUCAAAAUCAAACAGGAUAACUUUAAUUGACUAUACAACCAAAAUAUCAUUGAUUAAUAAUUCUAUUUGAAUUUUUUUAUUAAAAUAUAAAACAAAAUUUUAGUAUAAAUUUUAUUUGAAUAAAAUAAAAAUGCAAUUUUGUAUAUAAUUAAAAAAAAAACGAUUUAGCCAUAAGUGGUCUAAUAACACAUUACGUAUUCCCUCAUCCCGAAAUCUUUGCCAUAUCUAACAACUCUACUACAUGUAAUAACAUUAGAGUAAUAUGCUUGCGCUGAUAUUAUGUCACCUUACCUAAAAAUUCUUGAUUUUUUUCUAAAAAGACUAAAAAUUACACAAAUACAUACUUGUGUUGUGGAUUUGCGAGGCUAAUUUCGGUACCCCAGACUACUUAAAUCGAAACUGGUUUCGAGAUGCAGGAAUGCGCAACUUUAUACACAAUAAGUUAGAAAUAGAAAUAUAAAAAUAAUAUAAAUUAAUGCUUUUAGUGAUUUUUAUUACUAUUAUUGUCGUUAGUUUAAAAGAAUGUUAUAUUGUUUUAUCUUCUUGAAUUUGAAUUUCUACAUCUUAAUAGGUAGUUUUAAGAAUAAAGCAGAAUCAAAAGAAAAAUAUUUUAAAUACUGUUUAAAUAAUUAUUAAAAAUUCGUUACAAAUAAAAUUUGUUAAAAAAAAAAUA